AUGACGGAACCACCGAAAGUUGAAUCGCCAGAGCGGCAUCGUGUCGGAGAACACUGGAGUGGUGCCAAUCCUGUUCCAACUGUUCAGAAAUUCAUUGAGCAUCUCGAUAGCGAGAAGAAAGAGCGCGAUCGCAAAAUCGAUGAAGAGAAGAGGUCAAAUGAUGAGAAAGCCAGGCAACAACAAUGGGAAGACACACGUGGAAAGCAACAUGCUGGUGAACAAGGAGAUGCGGUGGCUCAUAAGGCCCGAGAGGUAUCUAAAGCUAAAAUGCGGACCGUGACUGAUCCGACAACGGGAAAGGAGAUCGGAGUUGAGGAUCAAGAUGAGACUUCUAUGGAGGCUGUCAAGAACCCUAUGUUGACAGUCCCCAAUGCCAACCUCGGACAGCCGACUGAUGUUUAUACCAGCCACGAUCAAGACUUCGCGGAAUAUAAAGAAAAGCAAGAUAUCACUGCACCUCCCGAUCCCAUAGCCGAAGGAACCACAUCUGAUGUCCCCAUUCGCGGCGAGAAAACCAAUGUCCUUUUCCAUCCUACACCAACAAUCACAUUUGAACCUAUGUUCAAGCAAUUAGAAUCUCGUGCAACAGUACUAUGUAUUGCUAUUCCAUUCUCGAUUAUUGUGCUUGGACGAUAUUUCGGGGGCUCGCUAUGGGGGCUUAUCCCAUUGGCAGUGUGUAUUGCCAGCGGUGUUUGGCUAUGGGUACAAGAGGUCAUUCGCAGCGGUAAAAACAUGGAAUGGAGUAGUGAGCAGCUUCGAGGGCAAACUGCUACUGCAAACCUUCUCCCGGAGUCUGUCGAAUGGAUGAACUCACUCCUCGGUGUCGUCUGGGGUCUUAUGAAUCCUGAAAUGCUAGCACCAAUGGCCGACACAAUCGAGGACAUCAUGCAAGCCUCUGCGCCAAGCGUGGUUGAAAAUGUCCGCAUCGCAGAGAUCGACCAGGGUAAUAAUCCAUUCCGCAUUCUGAGCAUGCGUGCUCUUCCAGAUGAUCAUGUUCAAAACUUGAAGGAAAACAUUCACCAGGAUAAUUUGAAGAACAAAGACCCCCAGGAGGCUGCUGCCACCGAGGAAGGAGGAAGCUACUAUAACAUGGAAGCCUCGUUUGCUUACCACGCCAAACCAAGCGGCGGGACAGCUUCUUCCAAGGCCCGCAAUAUGCACAUGCACUUAGUCUUUUACCUUGGUAUUCGUGGUUUAUUUGGUAUUCCAUUCCCCGUUUUCGUUGAGCUCACCGAGCUUGUGGGUACCGUCAGACUUCGUCUCCAGAUGAUGCCAGAGCCUCCCUUCGCAAAGGACCUCACUUUUAGUCUUGUUGGUAUUCCACAUGUCAAGGCUGGAUGUGUGCCUAUGCUCAAAAGGGGUGUUAACAUCCUCAACCUUCCAUUGAUCUCUAACUUCGUCAACUCCGCUAUUGGUGCCGCUUGCUCUAUGUUCGCUGCACCGAAGUCUAUGACUAUGGAUCUGAGCAUGAUGCUCAAGGGUGACGAUAUCCACAAGGAUACUCUGGCACUGGGUGUGAUGUGGAUUCGCAUUCAUCGCGCCGUUGGUCUAAGCAAACAAGAUCGUCGCGGUAGCGAAGGUGGUGGUAGCGAUCCUUAUAUCAACCUGUCGUUUUCCAAGUACGGAAAGCCAAUGUACUGCACCCGAGUGAUUACAGAUGACCUCAACCCAAUGUGGGAGGAGACUGCUGCACUAAUUGUCACACCAGAGCUGAUCAAGGCAGACGAAAACCUGAGCAUUGAGCUCUGGGACUCUGACCGCAAUACAGCCGAUGAUAUUGUCGGUAAGGUGGAACUACCAAUCCGGGAGAUGCUCCAGCAUCCUGGCCGUAUGUAUCCUCAGAUCUCUAAAUUACAAGGUCUUGACGAGGGCAGCGAGAUGCCUGGUCAACUUCAUUGGGAGGUUGGAUACUUCGGAAAACCCAAGCUACGACCUGAGCUGCGGACUGAUGGAAAGAAGAAGGAUCUUCCUGAGAAUUUGAAGGGAGAUCCAACAUUUGAGGAUGAGAAGGGCGUUAUCAACAAUGAAGAAGAGGAUGCCGUUGUGCAUACACCACCGGAUCCUAUCUGGCCUAGCGGUAUUGUUCAUAUUGUUGUCCACCAGAUCGUCAACCUCCAGCUUGCCAAUAUCAAGGGUAGCGAUGGAGAUCGCAAGGGUAAGGAGUAUGAACCUGCUAAGCCCUUUGGCGAGAACACAGAGGAGGAAGGUGGUGAAUUGCCUACAAGCUACUGUAAGAUCUUACUAAAUGAUCAACUGAUCUAUCGCACACGUCCCAAGGCCGUGAGCUCCAAGCCAAUUUUCAACGCUGGAACAGAGCGCUUCGUGCGUGACUGGCGAUCAGCUGUUGUCACAGUCACCGUACGUGACCAACGCUACAGAGAACACGAUCCCAUCCUGGGCGUGGUCCCAAUCAAACUCUCCGACAUCUUCCAAACAAGCUCCCAAGUCACCCGCUGGUACCCACUAGACGGCGGCGUUGGAUUCGGACGAAUCCGUAUUUCCCUUCUCCUACGCCACGUCGAGACCAAGCUCCCACCUACCAUGCUCGGCUGGGACGUGGGCACAUUCGAGUUCACUGCAGACAAGAUCAUUGCAAAGGACUACGGCCGGAUUUCCAAGAUCAAGAUGCGCACUGGUGGCAGCAUAGGCAAGAUAUCCCGACACUCAGCACGCACAGAAGGCAACGACGUGAUCUACGACACAUCCGACGAAACCUACCGCGACAAGCUCCGCAUGCCAGUCAAACAUCGCUACCGAUCACCAGUCGUCUUCGAGUUCCAUACCCAAGGCAAACGUACCGCUGCCGCUUACGCCAUCCUCUGGCUCCAGCAUCUAGUCGAUAACGAGGAUACGGACAUCGACAUCCCGAUCUGGACUACAAAGAGUGGCGCUCGUUUAACACAGAACUACAUUACGGAAGAGAACUGGCGUGCUAAGGAAGUCCCCGGGCUUGAAGAUCUAAAGACAGUGGGCCGCUUCCAGUUCCGCUGUCGCUUCUCACCUGGUAUCGACGAGUCGCACGAGCAAUUCGUCAUCGAUAAUGACUCCCGCGAGACUUUCGAAACAUGGGAAGCCUGUGUAUCACAGGGUGUCCGCUCGCGAAGCGUAUUAGUCGAAGUCCCCGAGGAAGUUCAGCAGAAGCACGAACAGAGUCUAAUUGACUCUCGUGAUGUGCUGAAGCAUGCUAGCCCCGCUGAACAGCGCCGCUGGGUCGAUCGUGAAGGUCACGAUUGGAGUGGUGCGUUUGGGCAUGAUCCACGGGCCUACACUGACUCAACGGGUAAGAAGAUUGCAGAGCCAGGACAAGACGAGCCGAAGCAUGAUCCUAUUACGCCCCCGCCUCUGAAGGGACAACCAUCUGUGCAUCGAAGCUUUGAUAAUGGGGAUGGCCAGCAUGAUGGGUCUGAUUCUGAUUCUGACCAGGAGCCAGAUGACGAUGAUAGCAGCCAAGCGCUUUCUAAGGGGCCGUCUACGAUUAGUGCUAGUGCGGCGACGGCGUCUUCGUCAAGGACGAGUGCCGAGCACGGCGAUAAAGCGAAUAGGAGGAGUGAACAGAGACAGCAGCGGGGUCUGAUGCAGUGGCGUCCUGCGCGCAAUGCGAUAUUUGCAAAGGAUGAGGCGAAGUUUGCGCUUCGGAAGAUGAAGAAGAAGGUCGGUGCUGGUGGGCUUACGGGCCGCGAGCCAGAUGUUGAGACGGAGACUUGA